AUGAAAGUGGUUACGUGUUCUGGACCUACAAAUAUCGCAGUGAUUAAAUACUGGGGUAAAGAGACUAUUGAACUCAAUACGCCCUUAAACUCCAGUCUAAGCGUCACACUUGAUCAGAAUGAAUUAUCGACAACGACGUCGAUAGCCAGUGGAUCAAAAUUACAACGAACACGAUUCUGGCUGAAUGGCCAAGAGCUGCCUAUUCCCAAACGUAUGGCAAUUGUACUACGGGAGAUGCACCAAUUGGCACAGCGAAUGCAUCGAGAGGAGAUUGCACAACAUUUACAUAUUGUGUCCAUCAAUUCGUUUCCAACAGCAGCAGGACUUGCGUCAUCAGCUGCUGGAUAUGCAUGUCUUGUAGCAACUUUGGCAGAGUUUUACGGCAUCUCCAAGGUGAAUGAGGAAUUUCCAGGUCAGCUAUCGACUAUUGCACGUCAAGGUUCUGGAUCAGCUUGCAGGAGUUUAGACGGAGGUUUUGUGGCGUGGCAGAAGGGAGAGCGACCCGAUGGACGGGACUCGAUUGCCAUACAAGUCGCAAACGAGAUGCACUGGCCAGGUCUCUGCGCCAUAAUAUGUGUCGUGAACGAUGUUCAAAAAGACACGAGUAGUACGACUGGUAUGCAGACGACCAAGGCCACGAGUGAACUGCUGACGUACCGCGCUAAACACUUGGUGGCAAACCGAAUGAAGCUGAUGACGAAGGCAAUUCUGGACAGAAAUUUUGAAGUGUUUGGCACACUUACAAUGCAGGACAGCAACCAAUUCCAUGCCAUGUGUCUCGAUACAACGCCGCCAAUCUUCUACCUGAACGAUGUUUCACGUGAAAUUAUCCGACUUGUGCACCACUACAAUAAACAAGUUGGCUGUCUGCGGGCAGCCUACACGUUCGACGCCGGUCCAAACGCAGUGAUUUUUGUAGAGGAACAACAUGUGCAGCAGCUUGUGUCACUUGUACACCACUGCUUCCCGCCAUCAUCCAAGAUGAUCAUCAAGUCCUCAAUACCUAUUAACUGUACCCCAUCUGAUGCGCUUCUUAAACAGAUGCAAACAAAACUCGAGAAUGGCAAGACAUGUAAACUCCCGCAUAUUCCUAACAGUGUGAAGUUGAUGUACGUGACUCAUGUAGGCGGUGGCACACGCGUGCUGUCCGCAGAUGAAGCGCUGGUUGAUGCAGUUACGGGUGAACCGCUACCGUCUCCCUUGAAAGCGCGUAAAUAUUCGCUCGUCAGACCUAGCUUUUGGCUGCCUCGCGAGCAAGCACUGCAUUAUUUGGCCAUAGCUGCUAUUGCUACCGCAGCGAUCAGCGCUGUGCUACUGCGCAAGUAA